AUGAAUGACAGAUCGGUUCAGGGCCAUUUUACGAAGCACGGCUUGGGGGAGGUCAACGCGACACUUCUCGGCGAGCUCCACCAGGUAGAUCAUCACGUCGCUCAGCUCCUGUGCCAGCUGUUCCCGUUCCGUCUCGGUCCAGUCCGGCAGGCCCUCGGCCACCUCCCCGCGCCACUGGAAGAGCUCCGACACCUCGCCCACCUCGCCGACCAUGGCCAGGAGCAGGUUGCGGGGCUGGUGGAACUGAUUCCAGUCCCUCUCGUCCGUGAACUCCGCCUGCAUCCGCCUGAUGUCUUCUACGGUGGGCUCGGGGCUGAAGGUGAACCUCUCCACCCCGGUUCCUCCGUUCUGCAGCUUGGAGCGACACGGUGCCUCCGUCGCUGCUCCGUUCACCACCGUGCUCCCCAGCAGCUGGUUGGAGUGGUGGGUUUGGAAGUCCAUGCCCAGAUUAACUCCAAAACCAAGCUGUUCUCCGGCUCGCCGGUUGGCUUCUCAGCACCUCCGAACUCCCUGGUGUCUCCCUUUGAUGCAUCCUUACCAGGCACAUUACCCGUCCUGAACAAACGAUGUGUCGAGGCAGCAGUGAUGACAGGAUUGGCUCUCAACUGCACCAUAAACAAGAAAUCACUUUUUGACAGGAAACACUACUUCUACGCCGACCUCCCUGCUGGAUACCAGAUCACGCAGCUACGGCGGCCCAUCGCAGUAGACGGAAUGCUGACCUACAGCCUCCUCGGAGGAAAGAAGAGGAGCCAGGUUAUCAGGAAAACUGUCACCAUCAAACAGAUUCAGCUGGAGCAGGACAGUGGCAAGAGUCUCCACGAUGACCUCCGCAGCCAGACACUCAUCGACCUCAACAGAGCGGGUGUAGGUCUAAUGGAGCUGGUGAUGGAGCCAGACAUGAGCUGUGGAGAGGAGGCUGCUGCAGCUGUCAGAGAGCUUCAGCUCAUCCUGCAAGCCCUGGGCACCUGUCAAGCCAACAUGUCUGGUAUGGAGAGAUAUCUCUCUCUC